AUAUACGUUGCGUGAGCAGAUGAAAAAUACAAGUAAACACACUGCCGAAUUGGAGUGCCCUCGAAAACUGUAAGAAACUUCACCAUCACCACCACCACCGCCGCCGCUAGUCUCAUACUGCUACUUCUAUAUCUUCGUUCUCCCUUGUUUUAUAUAUCAAAAAACUUGACACUAUGUCUCUGCGAAGAGAUUGCCCUCAUUCCACACAGAAUCUGGUGCCAACCGGAGAUAUUUUGUGGCGGAAAUGUGAUAUUUGCAAAGAUGCCAUAUUCGGAGUCGGUACAUGUUUCAAGUGCAAUGGCUGCUCUCACUAUUUUCACCAGAUCUGCAUUCGACCUCAACCAACUUUACAACACUCAUUUUACCCUCGUGUUAACUUCAAUUUCUCUGCAGCGCUGGGGAAAGCAAGACAGAGAUGUGUCGCGUGUUACCAAGAUAUAAAGGGGUGUCUCUACGUUGGCGAUAAUGCUAUAUACAUCCAUCCCUUUUGUCUUGUGAAUUUGACAAAAUCGGUAUCAGAGGCUAGUAUUGAAUAUCAUAAGCAACAAAUGGGCCGGCUUCUGGAAACUUACGAUUCAGAUGGAGGCCGGGUUGGUAAAAUGCUCAGACUUGAGUGCCAAAAGUCAUUGUCGGACGAUGUGAAAUGUAUCUUCUGCGAACGAGAAGAUACAAGAAACCGUGGAUUUGGAUGGGUUUACAAGUAUACUUAUACAGUUGGGAGAAACUCGACAGAAUUGGAAUGCCAUGUUGCAUGCCUCAGAGGACAAAUCAAUAAAUAUUGCCUGAACCAAAUUGUUAAGAAACAUCCGGGGAGUACUUACGAUGAUGGAACUUAUUUCUUGGAACUCAAACGUAAAUCGGGACUGGAAGAUAGAGCAAAAGGGAUAGCUGGUUUGGCUUUGCCGAUUGCAAUCGCGGGGUUGGACCUCAUGAUUUCAGCCUUCGUGGGAGCUCCUUUAGUAAGCCUUUCACUUUCUUUUUUGCUUGGCAUUGCAGGUGAUCAGGCGGAAAGGAUGCUUCGUCGUCCACGGGGUAAGUGAACAUGCUUGUUCGAGUGAAGUUUCAGCUGUUGGUGCUUUUUUAAUUUGUUUUUUGAUUUUUUAUUCCUUAAUUUUGGUAUAUUGUGUAAACAUCAUGUAAUGUUUGUAAGAACUUGUAUGCAAGUUUUAUUGCUUUAGUUUUAA